AUGCGAACACAGAAAGAAAAUAAGAUAACGAAGACUAAGAAUAAUACUUUUCAUUCCCGAUCGAACAAUGUAAACACUGAAAGCAAUAGUACAGCUCAUAAUUAUUUCAAUGCCUUUGCCGGAGAAUCAAAGAAAAGGAGGCAAGACAUUGCCUUCAGUUUUAUUCCAUUAAUCAGUAAUUUCGCCAUUGCAGGUGUUGGCGAGGACUCAGAUAUUCUCAAGAGAGUCCUUUUCGUUAAAAAAACAGUAUUAUACAUUUGUAUAGCAGGGUACAAAACAGUGCACUCCAGAAUUAGAGUAGAGGUGGCUUUUACAGAAAAGAUAUUUAAAAAUCACAUUAGCUAG